AAAGCGCCUUCUCCUUCCUCCCUCCUCCUCCUCUAGAGAGAGAGAGAAGCCGAAGAGAGAGAGAGAGAGAAGGAGGAGGCUUUGGUCUGCCUCUGCUCCGCUCCCCCCCCGCGCUGCGCCGGUCGGCUCUGCUCCUCCUCUGCCUGCCGCCCUUGAUUCUCCUGUCCCCUCCCGCCGAUCCCAUGCGUCACCACUAGCCUCCGCCUCCACCAACCACUGCACCCGCGCCUCCGCUGCUGCUCCCCCCCGUGGCUGGGUGGUUGGCUCCCCUCCCCUUCACUCCCCUCGCCUCCCCGAUCCACCUCCCCGCCGCGCGCCGCGAGGAUCCGUUCUUGGGAUGGCCGUCGUCGAGACCUCCGCCGACCACGCCGCCCCGCCCGCCGCGAGCGCGGCGGAGGGGGAUGCUGGGGAGAGGGAGAUGCGGGAUCUGGAGGACCUGCUCUCCAAGCUCAACCCCAUGGCGGAGGAAUUCGUCCCACCCUCCCUCACCGUCGCCCCCCACGCCCAAGCCCCCGCCCCCGCCCCGCCCGCGUACGGGUACUACCCCAACGGCGCCGGGUUCGUCGCCUCCCCCACGGGGCUCCGCGGCGGCGUCGUCGGCUUCCCCCCCGCCGCCGAUGGCCUCGGGCGCGGCAGGAAGAAGGCUGGUGGUGGUGGGGGUGGAGGGUUCGCCGCCGGCCAGGGCCACGCCGGGAAGCGCCGGAUGAACAGCCGCACCAGCAUGGCGCAGCGCGACGAGGUCAUCCGCCGGACGGUCUACGUCUCCGACAUCGAUCACCAGGUCACUGAAGAGCAACUGGCAGCACUAUUUAUCAACUGUGGGCAGGUUGUGGACUGUCGUAUGUGUGGGGAUCCAAAUUCAGUUCUUCGUUUUGCUUUCAUAGAGUUCACUGAUGAGGAGAGUGCAAGGGCCGCUCUAAAUCUGUCAGGAACUGUGCUGGGAUAUUAUCCUGUCAGGGUGCUGCCGUCAAAAACUGCAAUUGCACCUGUUAACCCAACAUUUCUGCCCAGGUCCGAUGAUGAGCGUGAGAUGUGCGCAAGGACUAUUUACUGCACAAACAUUGACAAGAAGGUCUCUCAGGCAGAUGUGAAAUUGUUCUUCGAGUCGAUAUGUGGAGAGGUAUAUCGGCUGAGGUUGCUUGGUGAUUACCACCAUUCUACUCGCAUUGCCUUUGUGGAGUUUGUGAUGGCUGAAAGUGCCACUGCUGCUCUCAACUGCAGUGGUGUGAUACUGGGUUCCUUGCCAAUAAGGGUGAGCCCCUCAAAGACUCCCGUGCGUCCCCGUGCACCUCGCCAGCUGAUGCACUAGAUGAAUGUAGGUACAGGAGGUGCUGAUGGCACUGCUUAUAUAUAGAGAGAGAUAGACAUAUAUGAAAGAGAAGUUACGAUAUAUGUCUUUUGUUUUGUCUGCUCGGCCUUCUUUUUUUUACUGUACCGUUAGUAAGUAUCUCUACACUUGCAACGGAGGUGCGGAAAACAGCUACCGGGUUUGAUGAUCUUUUUUACCUUGCACAUAGCGCUUCUUAGAAGCGGGCCUGACGCUUUUGUCCUUGAUGCAGCAAGGCAAAACUCCUGGACUUUUGUCGCUGUUCAGUUGUUUGCUGUGUCUUGUUUGCCACUGAAAACCUGAACAACUUCGUUACUUGAAAAAUGAUGGAGACUUACCGUUGUUAUGCUGUAC